AUGAAACGAAUUCACAUAGUUUUCAUUGAUUGGAAUAUUAAUGACAAUUUAUUACUUUCAGUUGCCAAUGAUGAUGAUCUUUUGUAUUCCUAUAUGAAUCCCAUAGUUAAUAAUGCUACAUUAUAUAGGGGUAAUCAAAUUCAAUUCAAUAAAUAUUUCAAUUUAGUUGUACUUCCUGAUAAUGAUUCCUUUGAUGAUUUUGUCAACAAGUAUAAAGAUGUUGUGAAUAUCUCGAAAACUUUUUCCGAAUUUAAUGAUGAUACUGAUAUUCUUUUAAUUAUUAAGGAUUAUGGUCAACCAGAAAUUUUUUUCCAUUUCCAUCAAUAUUACCACUCUCAUAAACCAAAAAAAACUUUCCUUGGCUACUUAGUUAUCCAUGAAGUAGAUAAAUUUUUAGAUUAUUUCAAAACACUCAAUUAUUCUUUGAGUAAUCAAAUUCUCUAG